AUCAAAUGUGAAAACCAGCGUUGGCGGCUCAGCGGCUGCAAUAGUAAAAUUCAUAUUUCCAGACUUCACAUUUCUCUGAUUUCUCAGCUGUCAGGAAACCCUAGCUAGUCACGCUUCCUUUCCGUUUCUCCCGCGAAAGCCAACGAGGAAACAAAUGUAUAGACAUCGAAUCGUAUGCAGAGCUAAACUCCUGUAGCCAUGGCUUCCAUUCGCAGGCUGCUUUUUCUCCGCUUUCACCUCAACAAGACGCAUUUCUCUCCUAGAGGAGUUGAAGAAGGUUACGGAAGAGGCUCUCGAGACUACCAUGCAAUCGCACCGGCUGCGCAAACAGUUUCCAGGUUGGAAGAGGAAUGCAAGGGAGCUGAGGGAAUAAAUUUGGCUGUUGACGAUGAUAUUGCAAAAAUUCAGCGCGAGUUUGAUGAUGCAAAACGGAGUUUUCUAAGGAUUCCCGAGACUCUCCAGGGAAGGCCUAAGAUGAAUCCUCAAGGAAUAUAUGUCAUUAAGAAUCUGAGGUUGGAUAAUAUUCAAGUUUAUGGAUUUGACUAUGACUACACCUUGGCACACUACUCUUCUGAUUUGCAGAGUUUGAUAUAUGAUCUUGCAAAGGAGUACAUGGUUAAUGAGUUUAAGUAUCCAGAAGUUUGCAUGCAAUUUAAGUAUGAUCCAACUUUCCCUAUCAGAGGACUAUACUAUGAUAAGCAAAGAGGCUGUUUGUUGAAGUUGGAUUUCUUUGGUUCAAUUGAGCCAGAUGGAUGCUAUUUUGGUCGUAGGAAGCUUAGUCGAAAUGAGAUAGAAGAGAUAUAUGGUACACGACACAUUGGUCGUGAUCAAGCACGUGGCCUUGUGGGCUUGAUGGAUUUCUUUUGCUUUAGUGAGUCAUGUCUAAUUGCGGACAUGGUGCAAUAUUUUGUUGAUGCUAAGCUGGAGUUUGAUUCCUGCUACAUUUACCAAGAUGUCAAUCAUGCAAUUCAGCAUGUUCAUCGCAGUGGCUUGGUUCACAGGGGAAUUCUUUCUGACCCUCAUAGGUACCUAGUUAAAAAUGGUCAGCUUUUACGAUUUCUCAGAAUGUUAAGGGAGAAAGGGAAGAAACUUUUCUUACUGACUAACUCCCCACAUAAUUUUGUGGAUGGAGGAAUGCGCUUUAUAAUGGAGGAGUCCAUGGGUGACAGGGACUCGUGGAGGGACCUUUUUGAUGUUGUGAUUGCUAAAGCAAAUAAGCCAGAGUUUUACACGUCUGAGCAUCCAUUCCGGUUUGUCUCAUUUGCUACCUUCACGAAUCAUGAUGAUUCUUAA